AUGGCGGCCGCGUCAUUAGUGGAGGUGACAUUAUUCUACGGAAAGUGUGGCCCGGACCAACAUGGCGGCGGCGUCGCUAGUGGAGGUUCAUCUGGAGUUACAGAUGAAAAAUCAGUGUCAGUGAAAGAGGGAGAUUCAGUCACUCUUAACACUGAGGUUAAAACAAACCAACAAGAAGAGGUUGCAUGGUAUUUUAAUGACACUCGCAUUGCUCGAAUCAUUGGAGAUCUCAGUUUUAUCUGUACAGAUGUUCAGUGUAAUAAUGAAGGUACUGAGAGAUUCAGAGACAGACUGAAACUGGAUCAUCAGACUGGAUCUCUGACCAUCACAGACACCAGAAAAACAGACACUGGAGAUUAUAAACUAGUGAUCAUCAGCAGCGGCAGUGAAAAGAUCUUCAGAGUUGCUGUUAAUGAUGUUCCUGCUGCUCGACGAGAUGAAAUGAAGACCAAGUCUGUAGUGGAGGGGGAAUCUGUCACUUUACAUCCUGGUGUGACAAAAACCCCAAAUGAUGUGAUGACGUGGUAUUGUAAUGAGACUCUCAUUGCCGAAAUCACUGGAGAUCAGAGUAAGAUCUGUUCAGAUGUUCAGUGUAAAGAGAGAUUCAGAGACAGACUGAAGCUGGAUCAUCAGACUGGAUCCCUGACCAUCAUGAACACCAGAACCACAGACUCUGGAGAAUAUAAACUACAGAUCAGUAGCAGUAGUAGCAGUGUUGUUGUCACCAGUUUAAAGAGCUUCAGCGUUUCUAUCACCGUUUCAGGUCUGUUUCCAGGUAAAAUAGCAGGAAUUUGUGCUGUCCUUCUGCUUAUAGCUGCAUCUGUUUGUGGGUUUUAUUUUACAAGCGUCGAGUAAAAAGAAAAGACACCGGGUCGCAGCACAAUGAUCAGUCGAAUGAUGUUAAUGAUUUGUCGCCUGAUCAGAAUGACGUUGCACUGAUGGAUGUUGCUCAUGAGAGGUCCUCUAAUCACACUGCUGCUCUAGUGAAGAACACCACCAAUGACUCAUCCUCUAAUCUUAGUGAUGCUUCGUGAAGAAGACUACCAAUGACUCGUCCUUUAAUCACAUUGAGAUUGAGCCUGCAGCUGACUGUGAGAUCUAACAUUAUUAAUUAUUUUGAUACAGUGAAGAGAACAUAGAGAACAGAUACCUUUUGUUGUUUUCUAUCAUCUCUUCAUCACAAGACAAUCUCUUGCUGUUCAGAUAAAUAGUAUCAUCAUACCAAGACUUUAGGUGUCAUUACCAAGAUCAAGUGAAAUUUCACCUCAACUUAACACUUAACACCACACUAAGAACUGAUGUUUUUUAUAUUACUCAUUUAAAUGAUAAAUUAAAGCAUCUAUCCUAAAUAUUAAGUUAUUUAAACUUAAAUUCAAAAAAGAAAAAUAAACUUUUUGAGUUUUUGAUUUUUUUUCUUUAGAACUUCUUUUAAAGCUGCUAAACUGACUCACACAGGAACAUAGUCUUUGUUUCUUGUUCUUUAAACUGUAAUAGUGUUGUCAAAAAUAUUGAUAUGUCAAUGUAUAUUGAUACAAAAAUAUUUUAACUGAUACAAUAUCACAUUUCUCCGAAUAGGGUCUAAUUGUUAGAGAGUUGGACUUGUUACCUGAUGGUCACUGGUUCAAGUCUCCGUGCCGGCAGAAGUGGUGGGUGGGUGAGUGAAUGAACAGUUCUCUCUUCCACCCUCAAUACCCAUGGAUGAAGAGCCCUUGAGCAAGGCACUGAACCCCAAUGAGCAUCAAUUCUGAGUAUGGGUUACCAUACUUGGCAAAUGUCACGACUUUCACUUCACUUCACUUUCAGUAUUGAUAUACUAACCGUGCUAUCUGACAGUGAGUUCACACACAUCACAAUCCUACAUGUCUGCGUCUCCUGUCACUCACUCAGGCCCUGUCUAGACUUAGUAUUAAUGUUGCAUUUACAAUGCAAAUGGCCAAUUCAGAUUUUCUUUUUUUUUUUACAGUAUCCGAUUUUUUUUGAUGACCCACUUACAUCUUUGUUCUAUUAAAAGUUACCUGUAUCUGAUAUCUGCAUUAACACUACACAGGCUUAACUUGAAAACCGCUCAACAAUGUUUACACAGUUGUCAAGGAAAUUAAAGGCAAAUAAUUUUCAAAAGUCUACAUUUUGGUCUAUUUACCCCUUAAACACAACCCUGGACUUUACAAACUAAAAAUGGGGUCUGCAUUGACUGUUUACGUUUAAAUGUCACCCAGAUGGGCGCACAGCUGCAACAGAAGAGAUGCAGAAAAACUGCUGCUGCAAGUGUUGUUAAUUUAUAUUGUUGAUGUUAUUACAAAAUACUGAUUUUAUGUUGUUAUUGUCCCAAGUGUUUUUUUUUUUUUCUUAUACAGCAUCUUACCAAGCAAGCUGCCAUUAAGAUCAACCAUCUUUACACAAUAACACCAACCAGAGUUAACCAACUUGAGAAAUAAUUUACUUCAUAGUACAUUCUGUAUGCAUGAACGAUGAGGGUUGUGUCUGAAUACUGAAAUAACAUGUGAAACACCUAAUGCCUUACUUCUCAGGAAAAGUGCAACAUCACAUGAUAAACAAUAACAAGUAGUUAUGUUUUAUAGUCUUCAUGUUUUAUGUUUUAUAGUCUGUUUUCUAUCUUUGAUGAAAUGUGAACAAAAAAUUUGUGAUAUUAUGAAUUUGUGCUGAUAAUUUAUGACUGAAACUUUUUUUUUGUAUAAUCCUCUGACAGAGCUUUUGCUUCUGAUUUUUUGUUUUUUUGCACUUUAAGUUUUUGUAUAUUUUUAUACAUUUUAUACAAUUGUUUGUGUUUUUCUAUGAUAAAUAACAUUAAAAUAUCAGUGAGUGGAAUCUGUGAGUUUGUUAUUACUAUUAUAAAUAACUGAAAUUAGUUACACUGAGUUAUUAGAGCAAUC